UGUUCCUCACGGCAUUCCACAGAUGACGGACUCCGAGGGAUGAGAUGAGAGAGGGAUGCUAAGGAAAUGUUUCCCUUCAGCGCGGAAAACGGGCUACAGUGAACCUCAGCUGUCAGCAGAAUGCGACUGAAAUAUCGCGGGCGAAGACUGUCAACCAGGUGAUGCCAGUAGAUGGACAGAUAUCAUCGCAACGGUUACAGUAGCUAAAAUGGCACAUUUUAGGAUUGUAAUCUGUUGAAAUAGAAAAUAAACAUAUGUUAUCUGCAUCAAUAUAUAUUGAAGACGGACUCCAAUCUUGACCUUCAGACCUCGUCACACCUGUCAGCGAUAUGUUGGGUUAAGAAUCUCAGAAGUCUUCAAUCUUUGAGUGUUUCUCUGGAAGACCAGGUUUUAGUGUUGUUGGACUGCUGAAGAGGCUUUCAUCGAGAUGUUCACCGCUCUGAAGAAGCUGGUGGGCUCUGAAGCAGGGCAGCUCAGGGAUAGAAACAUCCCCGCAGGCCUGCAGUCCAUGAACCAGAGUCUACAGAGGCGUUUCGCCAAGGGCGUACAAUAUAACAUGAAAAUAGUCAUCCGUGGGGACAGAAACACGGGUAAAAGUGCACUUUGGCACCGACUUCAAGGGAAAAAGUUUUUGGAAGAGUACAUCCCCACACAGGAGAUCCAGGUCACCAGCAUUCACUGGAACUACAAAACAACAGACGAUGUAGUGAAAGUUGAAGUCUGGGAUGUGGUAGAUAAAGGGAAAGGGAAAAGACGCGGAGAGAAUCUGAAAUUGGAAAAUGAACCUCAGGAGUCAGAAACCGAGGUGGCUCUCGACGCAGAGUUCCUGGAUGUUUAUAAGAACUGUAACGGCGUGAUCAUGAUGUUCGACAUCACCAAACAGUGGACGUUCAACUACAUCCUUAGGGAGUUGCCGAAAGUGCCAACACACAUCCCAGUGUGUGUCCUGGGUAACCAGCGGGACAUGGGCGAGCACCGGGUCAUCUUACCCGACGACAUCAGAGACUUCAUCAACAGUCUUAAUAGACCUCCAGGCUCCUCCUACAUCCACUAUGCUGAGUCCUCCAUGAAAAACGGCUUUGGUCUCAAAUACCUCCAUCGCUUCUUCAACAUCCCGUUCCUGCAGCUGCAGAGGGAGACUCUGUUACGGCAACUGGAGACAAAUCAGCUUGACAUCGAUGCCACGUUAGAAGAGCUCAGUGUUCAGCAGGAGACUGAGGACCAGAACUAUGACAUAUUUCUUGAGAUGAUGGAGUCACGCAAAGCUUACGGCUCUCCGGCUCCCUCUAAUGGCCAGAGCCCAUCCUCGGGCUCCCAGUCCCCUGUGGUGCUGCCCGGUGCUGCCUCUCCCAGUAACUCCAGCCCCAGUACCCCACAGGUCCCUGUCCCGCUCCAGACCCAAUCCGCUCCUCCACCACCUCCAUCUAUACCACACCCUCCCGCCCAGACCACAGCCACCCAUGUACCCCAGACACCAUCACAAACCCUGGAGCAUUCGCACACAGCACCGGUGCCCGCACCUGCCCAGAAACGAGGCUUCAUCUCACGCCUGUUCGGAUCAUCCAUUGCAGAGCCAUCACCGGACAAACCUGAAACUGCAGGUUCUGAAGACCCAAAGUCCUCUGGAAAUGUGCAGUGUGUGGAUGACUUUGUGCCGGAGGUGGGCCUGGACCGGACCUUUCUGGAAGAUGGUGGAACAGCAGCCGUUAAAUCAAAGAAAAAACCUCCAGCAUCAGCUCCCAUCCUGGACAGUGAUAGUGAUGGAGAGGGACGGGGAAAUCCUCUGGUCUCUGGCUUCCAGGAUGAUUUAGAUCCGGAUGACAGAGUGCUGUCCCAUCUUGCUGUUAAAGCGGCGGUGCCGAGCAUAGGCGUCACACUCACCAGUGAUGAUGAGGAGGAAGAUUCAUCUCUGCCCUCUGCUGCCCAGCACAAAGGCAUCGGCUCGGGGUCAAACUCAAAGGGAUCUACGGUGAACUCUGUCAAACAGCUGCAAACCAAGCCAAAGCCAGCUGAGAGACCCCAAAGCCUGAAAACCCCAGCAGGACCUACAGUGCAGCGACAAGGCCUGAAGACAGGAGGCGCCGUCGAGGCCAACUCCGAUUCAGACCAAGAGGCUCCAGUUGCUCAUCAGAUCAUUUCACUUGUCAUGGACGACCCUGAAUUUGAGAGCGAAGAGCUUGACGUACCUAAUAUCAAGAAGGGCACUUUUUCUGCACGAGAUGACUUAUCUGACCGGUCAGAUGAUGGGUUUGUGCUAGCUGGACUCCCGGAGCCCCCCAAACCUGUUGCCCCCUCAUUUAAGACCCUCAACUGCAACAUUGACCUGUUCGGCCUAGGAUUUGAAGAGAUGACACAUAAUAGUAAAGACAGCAGUGAAGACCAGGAAGAUAAUGAAAGCAGACACUCCACAAAGGACAAGAAAAAGAAGAAAAAGAAAAGCAAAGAGGAGGAUGAGAAAAGCAGCAAGAAACGAAACAAACACAAGAAAAAGGAAAAAGAUGACAUGGGAACAGGAGACGAGAAAGAAAAGAAGAAGAAGAAAUCAUCAAGAACCAAGAAAGCAGGAACUGUGGACGCUCUUGAGGCCUUCCUGGUGGGUGGAGACGGACCAGGAAACAGUGAGGGCGGAAACUAUGAAGAACUCUAACCAAUCAGGGUUUGACAUCGCCAGCUCAUUUUCCAGUCCAUUCCACUUGUUUUUCAGUGCCUAACCUUUCAGAUUUUCACAGCGUUUUUGUUCUUCCAGCAUUGCAGCUUUAGAAAUUGGUAUGUUUGCACCAUUGUCCACAUCAUGACGCUUUCUAAAGUGUAUCAGAAUUUUCAGACCUGUAAUUUUUAGAUGCAUUUUCUGAGAAAGAUUCUGAUAUUAACUGAUACAAACUCACUUUGCCGUUCCACGAGCAGGUCAUUUUAGCUUUAUUGGUUUUGUUCGUCUUUGUCAGUGUAUCUAUGUGUCCCUGGAAGUUUUUGGCAACUCUGUGUGCUUGCAUUUUACUUUAGCAAAAAUAUAGAGGGAUUAAUCAGACUUGCAUUCAAAUCUAGCAAACAUAUUUGCCCGCAAUACAUGAGCAGAACUAAUUUCUGUGUCAUACAUUCAAAGAACUGUUUGCAUUUAAUUGAAUAUUUCCACUCACGUUUGUAAACCAUUCUUGCAUAAAUUGUCCAGUGCAAUUAUAUUCAACAAUUAAUGGUUUUCAUGAACAGUUUGCACACAACUUAAUUCUGCAUGUGCUUCUCAUGAAUGAGACCUGAUAUGUUGUGACAUUGAAUUGUCUUCCAAAUGCUACAUCAUAUUUCAAACUUUUAAAAAUAAUCAGUCGUAACUAAUUUAAUACCAUAAGCCUCUUUCACCAUCAGUUUCUUUCCAUUAAUGCCUUGAAUUGUUUAACACUAAUAAAAUGAAUGCCUUUAUAAAGCAAUCCUAAAACGUUAAUUAGUGACCGAGGCUCUGAUAGAUUGCUUACAUUAACAGAAUUACUGUGAGCUGGAGAGACACUCCUGCAGCAACUGCAAUCACGUUUGCAAUUAGAUAUAAGAUUAAUUAGGACAAAGUCAAUCAGAUUGUUUUUUUUUUUUUGACAACUGUUUAUGCAGUUAGUAUAAUUAGGAUCUAAAAAUGUGUUUCGUAAUCAUAGUAAUAAUUUCUUGUUCCGGUCAAAAUUCUUCUCUCAUUGUCUGUUUGCCGUGUCCUGUCUGUUAUUUUUGUUAUGUCUUGUGUACUUGUAGAUCUAGUAUUUUAGAUACACUCCAGAUCAUUUCAGUGAUGGACAACCAGGAACAUCAUCUCUGGUCCUGUGAUAACGAGGCACCUCGAAUGUCCUUUAUGUUAUAGCAAACUCAUUUAGAGGCGGCUCAUGCAUAAAAAUGUGUGAAUUUCAUAAUUUUGAGUGACAGCCCUGUGUAAAUUACUAAAUGCAGCUGAGCUGAGCUAAAAGUGAUCAAAAUAAUGAGUUCUGCUUGACUUGGUGACCCAAGGGGGAAAGAAAGUGUUUUAGUGAAAGAUCUAAAAGAAAAGAAAAAAUUGAGCACAUAAAGUGGAAGUAAAAUCAUAGUUUGAAUGCACACAUUUAUACUUUGUAAUAUCAUCAUAAAUUGGAUAAUAUAUUGGCUGCAAAUGAUCCAUUAAUAUUUUGAAGUUAUUUAGACAAAUGAUUGUUUACUCAUCAUUCCUAAUGGACAUCAUUCAUGAAUCCAGAUCAGAAUCGUUUUAAUCAGUGGUUAAAUCAAAUUAAAAGUGAAAUGACCAAUUACUCUACACAAACGAUUCAUUCUCAUUGUGUUUCAUGAAUGAAUCCCAGUGUUUACUUCAAUGCCCCCUUUUUAUGCUUUUAAUUAAUCAAAUAUUGAUAAAUGAUUACCAAAUAAUUUCAUGCAAUCUUACUUCAGUUGUUCCAUCAUAUGGAAUGUGUAAUAACUAUUUCUGUACAGUUUUACCAGUGAUUCAUUUUGCUUUGGUUUCAUGAAUGAAUCCCAGAGUUUACUUGCACUGCCCCUUUAUGCUUUUUUAAUUAGCAUUAAUCAUGUAUUGAUAAAUGAUUAGGCCUACUAAGUAAUUGCAGGUGUUUGUAUUUCAAUUACUGGAUCACAUUGAAUGUGAAAUGACCGUGUUUGUAAGAACAGAUUUACCAGUGAUUCAUUUCGAUUGUGUUUCAUGAAUGAAUUCCAUUAUUUACUUUCAAUGCCCGUUUUUGCUCUUGUUAUCAUCAUAUAUUGAUAAACAACCAAAUAAUUUCAGGCGGGAAUAUAUUAUUCUAAUGAGCCAGAAUUUUCAGAAUGUUUCAGCUUAAGUGGAAGAAUGACAUCACCCAUAGAGUUGUGCACCUCAGACAAAAUGACAAUGUACUUUCUGCCUACUAUGAGAAGGACUUGUUUUCCGUUUGACAGUACUAUGAACAUUCACCUUGGCAUCAACCUUUGAACUUCCAGCUUUUUUGGUCCAAAAAUUGUCCAUCCCUUUUGUAAACUGUCCCACUACGGCUUACCCUCAAGAUACGCCCUCAACCUGUUGAAACUGGAUUUUGAUUUCUGCCGGUAAAGAUGUUUUCUCAGAAUCCCACAAGGAGUUCAAGGGCAUCCUUGGGGUGAAUAGCCGGUAACUAAAGGUACGUUUAAAGACGUGCAGAUUCCUGUCUGUCUCUUGCAGCAAUCAUCUGCAUAUCUUAUGUGGCUGCAAAUUGGCUCCACACGCGCCUCUGAGAGCAUGUGAUGCAUCAGGCUGUCACCAUGGAAGCACACACCUGGGAAAAAUGUCUCUACACGCUCACUGUGAUAAACAGUCACACUGUCCUGGAUUUACGAGCAUACUGUUAAUACUCUCACCCUAAACCAGCCUAAGGGCAGAAGUGCGCACCUCGAACACAAAUCAACUUCCUUUUUACUCUGCCCUCUAGUGUGAUUGACCCUGAAGGGCCCUUGAUUUAUUUAUCUAUUCAUUCGGCAUGCAUAUUUUUUCCGACCACAUGAGAAAAGGAGAUGGGAAAUGAAUGCAUGCUGCAUUAGCUCUUGCUGGCUUUUGGACUGCAUGCAAUUAUUAGCAUAUUUCCUGUGUAGUGUUUCACAACUACUGCUUUCAUGGACCAAAAAUGUUUGAGAACACUAGUUUUAUACCGUAUAUUGGUUUUAUUUUAUUCAUAAAGCAUAUAUGCAUUCCAAAGCCUUUGUUUGGAAUGGCUGUGUUUGCCUAUUCAUUGUUUUUGCUAUACCCUGUUUCAUUACCCAAUGUAUUCAUAUUUCAUUUAUGUGUUUCAAUUGUUUAAUAAAUACAAGAAAAUUUUGA